ACAGGCUACAGGCUACAGCACCUAAGCUUAGCUUAAGCAGGUACUUGCCUAACGUCAGGGAGCCUCGUCGCAAUCCGAAACUUCUACUUUACUCAUUCUCACUCCUUUGUCGACGUUGAACAUUGGCGUGAACUGAAAGUUAAAACCAUCCAUCUACUAUUACUAUAAAUUCUUCUUUCCUUGAAUAUACCAACGACAUAAAAUUCUAUCACCAUGGCUGGAGAUCCUCGUGCGCUACUCCAAAAGGCAGACAAGGCGCUCUCCAGCGCUUCCGGCGGAUUUAGCUUUUUUGGUGGUCGAGAAGAGAAAUACCAAAAUGCAGCGGAUCUGUAUGUUGAGGCAGCGAAUGCCUUUAGGAUUCAGAAGAUGAACCGGGAGGCUGGUCAGGCUUUCGAGAAGGCGGCAGCGGUCCAGAGCAAGCAACUAAACGAACCCGACGAUGCCGCAAAUACCCUCGUAGACGCCUUCAAAGUUUACCGGAAAGAGAAUCCGGAAGACGCCGUGCGAUGCCUUGAGGUCGCCGUCAGCCAGUACUGCAAGAAGGGGAAUUUCAGGCGAGCGGCGCAGCACAAGGAGAACAUGGGUGAGGUUUUCGAGACCGAGAUUGGUGAUACCAAGCGUGCGCUCGAGGCAUACGAGACUGCCGCCGGGUGGUACGAAGGCGACAAUGCGGCUGCGCUUGCGAACAAGUUAUGGCUUAAGGUAGCAGAUAUUGCUGCCCUUGAAGGCGACUACUAUAAGUCGAUCGAACACUACGAGAAGGUCGCGGCGGCGUCGAUCAAUAACAAUUUGAUGCGUUAUUCGGUCAAGGACUACUUCCUGAAGGCAGGUAUCUGCCACCUAGCGACAGGUGAUAUGGUUGCUACAAACCGAGCACUUGAGAAGUAUCGAGAUCAAGACCCGACUUUCCCGAGCACCCGAGAACAUCAGUUAUUAGUGGAUCUGGCCGCUGCCGUCGAUGCUGGUGACCAAGACCAGUUUACGGACAAACUAUUCCAAUACGACCAACUAAGCAAACUUGACAAGUGGAAGACUACGAUUCUUGUACGGGUUAAGAAUAGCAUCGAAGAGGCCGGUGAGGACUUCUCUUAGACAGACCUGUGGCGUUAUAAACUGGAGAGCGGAGGCUCUGUGACAAGUGCAAGCCGGAUUUGAUGUUUUGGCGUAUGGGUAGGGCGCGUGACAAAUACGAUAAUGCAUCAUCAUCAUCAUCGUCACCGUCACCGUCAUCAUCUCGUGAUUAGUAAGAUGGAGUUCUCAUGCGUUGCUUGGAUUAGAAAUAUGAGCUGGACAAGACCAGAGGGCGCUCAUGACGGGGAUGGACCAGUAUUGAGAUGAUCCUUCCGCAUGUCAACUCCAUUAAUAUAAGCUACCCCGUGGGCCGUGAGAUUGAAAUUUUUAGUCUUCAAUUACUGCGAAUUUAUUCUGGAUAAAUCUUGAAAUUGUUAUUACAGGAAUUAUGAAUAUAGUGAGUAUUUAAUUAUAGCACGGUUCAUUGGUGUUCCCUUGAUACUUAGUUACCUGAUGUACCUAGGUAGGUACGUACAUGAAGGUAUAGGUGACCA